AUGGCUUCUCAAAGGGAUGAGCGUGAGACGGAGGUGCCUGCAGGAGGGGAUGAAAAAAAUCCGCCAAAGCGUAUUUGUACAGGUGGAAACAAAGAUGGCGAAAAGGACAUGCAAAAAACAAUUGAGUUAAAGCGCCUGGAAAUGUCGACAAGGAAGAAUCGCGAGUUACUUAAUGACUUCCUUGCCGUGAUGCUGUCAUAUAGGAAAUGGGACUUGGCUAGUCCACCAGAGAAAUCGCCUUCAGGUACUGGUAGUGACGGAGCAGAUGAUAAUCGAUCCGCCAAUGACUCCAAGGAUGAAUGCCCUUUCUCAUGA